AUGGCGUCUUCUCCAGUCCCAGACAUGUCAUCCAUGCUUUUGAACCUUCCACCAGAGGUCAGGAAUCUCAUCUAUAAAUUCGCCUUCGAACAACCGAAACCGCUGAGGUUGAGGUGUCCCUCUCAACGACGACUCCGCCCAUCGCGGCCCGCCAAAGACGACCCUCGUGGAUUCUUGGACACCUGCCACCUGAUCCGUUCAGAGGCCAUCACGCUGUUUUAUAGUCUCAAUGCGUUGAUAUUCCGCUUGUCGGCAGACGCUCUGGCUUUCAUGUCCGACCCGGAUAUUCAUCCUUUGAUCAAAUCUUCAUUGACACACAUAGCGGUCGACUUUGGCGACAGCACCGACGCCGACGCAAUCCUCAAGGACCACAUUAAUCUCGUCGAUACCUGUGUCGGCAGUCUACCCAGUCUGAAGGCUCUGGAGACCCGCUUCUACGCCCGAACUUUGGACGCUUGCUCAUCUUCGCAUUUUCGGACCUUGGCGCUCGCCUUUGACGGUCUCGACGCCGACAUGAAUGCACCUCCUUCCCCUCGCUCACCUCGGUCGCCCCGGUCACCGCGAUCGCCCCGCGGUUCUCCCAGAAGCUCUAUCUCUAGCGGCUGCCCCUCGCCUACCUCAACACCGUCAAGCUUGUGCUCGUCUCCCUGUUGGGAGCCGGAACCGGAACCGGAACCAGACAUGUCAGCCAUUCAAGCUGAAGUCCUGGAACAAUACUGUUUCACGUCUUCCGCGGCAAUAGCAUUCGCCAAUGCGAAGCUGAAGUUCUCUGUUGCAGCCUCGUCCGAGAACUACCCCGGCCUCAAGCAUGACAAGCUCAUCUGCUACAAUCUUCGUAUCGGUGCGGAUGGGAUCGCCAAUGCCUUGGGCCCUGCCAAGGAGGCUGUCCAGCAGCGAAUCAGCCGUGUCGGCAUGUUACCCCGACAGCUUAGCGAGAUGUAUGACACUGCUGCAGAUGGCGGGUUCCACCAACGAGUGCGGUCAACAAUCGCAAACUGCGCAAGGAUCGACAUUGGCGUUUCCUGA